AUGAAGUGUAACCAUCUCCUGUCGUGGGCCUUCCUGCUCGUGGCCUCUGGCCCACUGCUGGCCCACCCCAUCACAGAAUCUGCUGAGAUGCCCUAUCCAGGACCUGUGUCAGUGGAGGACAGAGGAGUCAACACUCUGGAUGAUCUGUCUCUCUCUGAGCAAGCCUUCCCUCCUCAGGACGGUGCUGGUCUCAGAUAUUCCACUCUGAUAUCUGGGGAGAUCAACAGAGAUGGUGUCAGAACAACAGGCCUGCUUCCUCGGGGGAUGAGAAGAGAGGCCCUACUGGAGAAACAAAGUCUCCUAAAUCCAUUCAGCCGUGUGUUCGGCAUCCGGAAGCAGUUCAGGAAGAGAGCAGGGAAUUCUGAGUGUUUCUGGAAGUACUGUGUAUAA